AUGCAGCGCAUAGAGCCUGCCAUCUUUGAGGCGCUUCUUCAGUUUCUCUACACUGAUUCUAUUCCACCGCCGGGUGACGAUGACGACGACUGUGGUGGUGGUGCUCAUCAGGAGGAUAAUGUGACGUCGCAGCACUUGUUGACUGCAGCAGAUCAGCACGGGGUCGACAUGCUAAGGCUUACGUGCGAAGUGAGGCUUUGCCGCAGCAUCGACUUGCUAACUGUUGGCACAACUCUAGCUUUGGCAGAGCGACACCACUGCAUCCAGCUCAAGGAUGCUUGUCUCGAGUUCAUUGCCUCACAAGAUAUGGAGCUCUCCCACAUCAGGCCGACGUGUGAGCCGGGGGCGCCCACGAUCGUGCCGGUGCUCGCCUCUGCGACCGGAGACACAGCUCGCGCGUGCACUUCGGUGCAGCGGCGCGCGCUACAUGACUGCAGCUUGCAGCUUGGUUCAGCUGACACAUCUAAAUGCUGA